AUUAACUUAUUGUAAUUAAUUGAGAAAUUUAGUGUAUGGACAUCGAUUAAGAAAAAGAAUUUAACGAAGAAAAUAAUUAAAUAAUAGAAGAAGACAUCAAUUAAAUCUAGAAUGAAGUGCAAGAUAUCCAAUUUUAAUAAGUGAAUGAUAAUUAAGAGAUAGUAAAAGAAAUGAAAUUAAUAAUUAGAAUAAAAAGGGUGAAAUAAGAAGAGUACCAGUUCCUCCACAUAGAGUAACACCUUUGAAAAACAAUUGGGAUAAAAUACUAACAACGAUAGUGGUAUUUAUUUUAAAUAAAAUAAAAAGGAAAACAUGAAGUUAUAAAUAAGAAUGAAUACAAAAAAAAAGUGUGUUGAAAUAAAAACAUCAUAAUUUACAGAAGACAAGACUUCAUUACAAAGAGGUGUAGAUUUUUUGAAAGCAUUUAUGAUGGGUAAAAAAUAAUUAUUAAACAAUAAUUAGGAUUUGACAUUGAUGAUUCAGUUGCUUUGUUAAGAUUAGAUGAUUUAUAUGUAGAAUCAUUUGAAGUAAAGGAUGGUACUAUAUAAUCAAAAAUUAAAAGUUAAAACUUUACAUGGUGACCAUUUGUCAAGAUGUAUUGGCCGUAUUUCUGGUGAAAAAGGAAAAACUAAAUUUGCAACAGAGAAUGCUACAAGAACAAGAAUAGUUUUAGCAGAUUAAAGAAUACAUAUUCUUGGAAGCUAUUCAAAUAUAAAGGCUGCAAGAGAUGCAAUUUGUGCUUUAAUUUUAGGAAGUCCUCCAGGGAAAGUUUAUUCAUAAUUAAAAUCUCUUUGUAGAAAGUAUGUGGAGAAAAGUUGAAAUAAUAUUGGU